GCAUUGUUCAUUGUUCAGAGCGUUUUCUUUCGCAAGUCUGAUACAUUAAGCAUAAGUUGUAUAUAUAAUGGUUGCGUUCUUCUCAUGCACUCCCGAUACUCUUCCGAGAAGAAACCCAUUCCAGAGCUCCACCAACGACUACAGCAAGAGCCACACAAGAAGGAUUGGCUCCCGGGAUGCCUUCUUCUUGCUUCACAAUUGCUCCGAUUUCAAGCAGCUCAAGCGAAUCCAUGCGAGAAUCAUUCGGAGCGGCCUCUCUCACGACCAACUGAUCGUCGUCAAGCUGCUCCGAAGAUGCUCGUCUAUCGGAGAGAUGGAGUACGCAACUUCGGUGUUCGAUCAGCUCCCUCGCCCUCCAACCAUGGUGUGGAAUCUCAUGAUUCGGUUCCACGUCGUUAACGGCAGCCCGCGACAAGCGCUGGUACUGUUUGGUCUCAUGAUCUGCAGAGGCGUGCCGCCUGAUAAGUUCACUUUCCCGUUCGCCAUGAAAGCCUGCUUGGCCUUAGCGUCGCCUUCGUCGGGGAAGGAGGUUUUUACUCUCGCUGUCAAAUGUGGGUUUUCCCGGGAUAUCUUCUUGCAGAAUACACUGAUGGAUCUCUUCUUCAAAUGCGGGGACUCCGAGCAUGGCGGCAAGGUGUUCGACAAAAUGCGUGUGAGAAACGUAGUAUCAUGGACCACCAUGAUUUCUGGGCUGGUUGCCUGCGGCGAACUGGAUGCUGCUCGUUUGAUGUUUGAGCAAAUGCCGAAGAGAAAUGUUGUCUCUUGGACCGCAAUUAUUAAUGGCUAUGCCAGAAAUCAACGGCCCAAUGAGGCAUUUGAAUUGUUCAGGAGGAUGCUGCAGGUCGAUAAUGUCAAGCCCAAUGAGUAUACACUGGUUAGCCUGUUGAUCGCCUGCACUGAACUCGGGAGCCUGAACUUGGGUCGCCGGAUUCAUGACUUCGCUGUCAAGAAUGGGUUUGAUUUAGGGGUUUUCCUAGGAACAGCUCUUAUUGAUAUGUACAGCAAAUGCGGUAGCUUGGAGGAUGCCAAGCGAGUUUUCGACAGCAUGGAUAUCAAGAGCACGGCUACCUGGAAUUCGAUGAUUACUAGUUUAGGAGUGCACGGGCGUGGAGAGGAAGCUCUAAAUCUAUUCGAGAAGAUGGAGGCAGCGAAUGUAGAGCCGGAUGCAGUCACGUUUGUGGGAGUGUUGUGUGCUUGUGUACGCACAAAAAAUGUCACUGGUGCUCGCAGGUACUUCAGACGUAUGACUGAACGUUAUGGUAUCAGCCCCAAUGCGGAGCACUAUAGUUGCAUGGUUGAACUCUGCAGCCACGCCAACAUUCCAGAGUUUGCAACUCAUGCGGCUAAGGUGGGAAGGACAUUGGGCUGGUUUUCUGAUAACAAAAAUGAUGCUCUGAACCAUCACAAUGAUAUAUUUACCACGAAUACAUGGUGGCAAACUUUCAUCUGGUAAAGAAGGUGGCUGCUGUUGACAUCAAGCCAGAGAUUUAGGCGGUUUACAAGAAGUUGCCAGGUAUAUACAUAAACAAUUGUAAUUCAGCUGGUAAAUUUCCCCAGUUCUAACUUAUUAUUUAUACUGUAACUAGUAACUUUUUUGAGUCUUGAAAGGCUUUUUAGGAAUUUAGCGAGUCUUCAUCAAUUAAGGUUCCCUAGUAUAUAGUGCAUGUUUUAAGGAUGAGAUAGAUGAGUAUAGGGAAAAAAAAAAAAAGGAAAACGCUCUCUUUACCAAAUAAAGUGAUAGUUUAAUGGCAGGACACUUUGAAAAUAUCCCAUUUGAAGUUUGAAUUUGUAGGUUCAAUUCCUAACUCCGCUAAUGCUUAUACAAAGGUUGUCUAAUGCCACAUAAUCCAGGGGUUAAGUGGACGGAUCAAUUAUGUUGUGAAUGAGAUCACAAGGUAAUGGUUUAAUAGAUGAUGAAAAUUUUAUUAAUAAACCAACAGCUGAAACUGCCCAAAUACAAUACCAUCCUAGGACCAUGAAGCAACAACCACCCUAAACAGAAAGGGCACAAAUUCCUGGAGCUAAACCAAAAUAAAACUACUGGUAGUAGAACAGAAAGUAUGA